CGACGACGUUGGACGCUGACGGUCACCCUCUCGGCUCCAAUUACAUUCGCUAUCAUGGACUACACCGCCGACUCCGAUCCAUGGGCUUCGUCGCCGAAGCACAACCGCUCGUCUUUUGGGCAGCCUCCCACCGGCGACAUCCCCUCAUCCCCGCUGCCUCCGCAGGCAUCGCCGUACGGUCAGGGCUCGGAACAGUAUGGCUACAUGGGCGAUCACGAUGCGCAGAACCGACCUAAUGCGGCGCCCGAAAAUGGCGACCACCAACAGCAACCGCGCACGCCGGGCCUCGAUGCGCCGCAAUCACCGCAAGCCCAACACCAAGCUCAGCAGCAAGCUCCCGGCCCAGGCCAGCAGCCCCAGCGAUACCACGGCACGCGACCGCAGCGACAGCAACAGCAGCAGUACAAGCUCCAGGCCAAGGUCACGGGUCUCGAGCGGACUGGCAAGAAGGACACGAUCCUGCGGUUCGACGUUUACACCAACCUCCCCAAGUUCCGCACCACGCAGUUCCGCGAUGUCCGCCGCCUGCACUCUGAGUUUGUCAAGCUUGGCGAGCACCUCAUCUCAGCGUGUCCCGAAGCGAUUGUGCCCGCCGUCCCCCCAGCCACUACCUCGGCCGGCGCCGGCACCGAGGAGGACGAGGCGCGGCUGAAGUCGUCGAUGCAGCGGUGGCUGAACACGGUCUGCAGCAAUGAUGUGCUCAUACGAGACGAGGAGAUGGUCUUCUUCGUCGAGAGCGACUUCGGUUACAGCCCAGUGGUGCGCCGGAAGCAGCCCGCGACCGGCGUGCGACGCAAGGUCAUCAAGCAGUUUGCCCCGCCGCCAGACGACACGCCAGAGCUCGCUGCAGCCCGUCCGACCGUCAAGGCCUUCUACCUCGGGACCAUGGACACGGAGCAGAAGGUGGAGAAGAUGGUGAAGCACAGGAGGAAUCUUGGUGUUGCAGAGUCCGACCUGGGCACAAAAUUCGCCGCCAUGCAUGCACAGGAAACGCAUGUCGGUCUCUCCCACGCGUACAAGAAGCUGGGCAAGGUCAUCCAAGCGAUGGGUGACUUCCACGCUGCGCAGGGCACGGCCGAGGCAACAACGCUCGGUGACCCCCUCCAGUACCACAGCAGCGACGCCUUCAUUGCAAAGGAAACACUCACAAAUCGACACAUCCUGCUGCGGGAGUUGUUGCAAGCGCAGUCUGCGACCAAGUCCAAACUCUCCGCAGCAGACAGGCUGAAAGCCAGCUCCAGCGUCAAGCGCGACAAGGUGGAUGAGGCCAUCGCCGCGCUAGACGAGGCCCGCAGCCACGAGCAGUACCUCACGUCGAAAGCCCAGCGCGUCACACAGAACCUGCUCCACGAGCAGAGGAAAUGGUUCGACAGGACCACGGCCGACAUGCGCCAGGCGAUCAGGGAGUACGUCAUCCGCGAGAUCGAAGCUGAGCGCCGUACCCUGGCUACCCUCGAGUCCGUGCGCCCAGACAUCCGCGCCAUCGACGGGAGCGGCGGCCUGUCCCGGCUGGGUCGCGAGGCUCACCCGCCCCAGCGCCGCGCCCCCAUGGUCAACUCCCAGGGGCCCAAGGGCGACGCGUGGUCUGGCGUGCCCCGACGGCCCGGCGACGGCCUCAACCGCAGCAUGAGCGGCAACGUCCCCCUUCCCGUCGCAGACGACGAGGAGAACGACGAGGAGGUGCUGCACGGACGGAAGCGCGCGACGAGCAACGGCAGCCAGAAGGCCGUCGAGGAGGACGAGGACAGGAUCGACGCGAGGAACGCAGCCAGCAGACUGGCCACAACGACCUUCUAGCAGCAGAUCAGCGCCAGGCAGGACUGAGGGGUGUGUAGUUGGUUAUCGCGCUAGUAAUAUCAUCGCCUGCAGCAUGCGCUGUGAUGAGUUUGUUUUGUUGUACUGAUUGAGUGAGGAUGUGCGAGUGAGGAGACUGCGCUGAAGGUGCUUGAUCGGUGAAUGUUCCGUGAGCCUUUCUCCAUGCAAGCGUGGGUGUCGACCAAGCCGUUUCCCAGCUCAUACUCAUACCUCAUAAGCCCUUGUAGUCUCCUGGUGCGUUGACAUGAUGUCGCUUGGAUUGCGAAAGCGUCAGCGUAUCCAGGCUUCGCUGUUCUUCAAUCGAGC